CCAAUAAAGGCAAGUCAAAAGAGAGAAUAAACGAAUAGAUUUUUGAGAGAGGGAAGGAGAGAUGGGGUUUUGUGACUGCUUUGGCGGUGGCUUGAGCAAGCAGGAGAGAUUGGAGGAAGAGAGGAUUGCCUCUGAAGAAGCUCGUGCUAAAGCGGCCGAAGCCGCCCAGAAAAGGCAAGAGCAAUUUGAACAAUCUGCCCAAGGAAGAGCUGCACGGGCACAGCAAGCAGCCAUGGCCAAACAAUCUGCUAGCUCUAACAAAGGAGAGCCAGUUCUCAAGUGGCAGAUGGGAUGAGCGUUUCAGCCUUUGGCCGUUCAAUUUCAACUGUUUAUUGUUCCUCACUUACAUGCAGUCAUGAAUUUUGAAAUAUCUCAAGGAAACUCUUGGUCAUGGUCUUCAAUAUCGAUCCUGAGGACAUCUUCAUAUUAAAGGAUACCCUGAUUCUGAUGGAUCAGGAUCUUCCUAUGAUAGAAAUCAACUACUGGUCGCUGCAUUUUUUAUUGGAGGUAAUCUUGUAACUUGAAAAGAAAGAAACAAUUUUUUUUAAUAGGUAGAAAAAGAAAGAAACAAUCAGUUGUAACUUUUUCUAGUUUAGAGGCAGACGCUCUAGCAAUGGCAAAUAUAGUAUGGUGAAUUCACUUGGUUGAAAAUCAUUUUGCCAAAAAUUGGCGUAUUGAUACCAAAUCUGCCUCCCCUAUACUACGACAGUCAACUAGUAAUCCAUAUUACUAGCAAUCCUAAUUUUCAUGAAUGGACAGAACACAUCAAAGUGGAUUGUCACUUCAUUUGCUCAAAAGUGGAUGCAAACAAAAUCGCUACUACAGUUUUAUCAGCAAAAAACCAACUAGUAGACAUAUUCACCAAAGCCCUUCCAAAAGAGGCCCUUGAUUUCAUUUGUGACAAGCUGAAAGUUAUUAAUAUAUACUCUCGAGCUUGAGGGGCAAGAUUGUAAGAGAUAUUGCAAGAAUAUUAUCUGCAAACAUCUGUAAUACAGAGAUUUAUUUCCUUUUUUUUUCAUACUAUUAUAUUCUUAUCAAUAUCCUAGUAACUUCAUUUAUAACUUAUGACUCUUUGAGAAGAAUUUCUUCCUCUUCAACGUAUUUUAUUGGGCAAGUUUUAUAAAACUAAGGAUGCCAAAAUUGGGAAUCUUAUUUAGAUUAAUAGAGGUUGUUCAGGAUCAAAUUGAGUAUCAUAAGAUUCUGUAGAAGAGAGAAUAGAGGCUUGCAGAAUACCUUAUCUUUGCCUAUUCUAGACAAUUUGGAAGGAAGGUAACCGAUGAACUUUUGAAGGGAUACACCACACAAAUAAAUCUCCUAAGAAGUCCCUUAUUUCUAACCUAUACGUGUGGUAUCGCAGGUCUCUUCAGGAUGAUGUUCAAGCUGGUUCCCCAUCCUGGAUAGAUUUUGUUGAGUGGUUGUGCACUAAGUAAUAGAUUGAGAUUGUAAUUGUUGGUGGUUGUUUCUUUUUUUGUUCUUAGAUUUAUACUUCCUGUGUACUCUAUAUGUGCCUCUUUUUGUUUGGUGCUUUUAAUAUAUUACCAUUUGCUGACCAAAAAAAUUAGAAGGGAGAAGUUAACAAUUAAUACUUAUUCCAAACCAAAGAAGCAGUUAUCAUUUCCUUUUUGCUACAAAUUUUGAGAGGGCUAUUUUGAAGA